AUGGAGCGCUUGGCUUUUCGAGUCGAAGAUGGAGGGUGGUUCGUGCGCUUCUCAGCUGCGCAGGCAAUACCUCAAGUCGCUGACACGGGCGACUUCCGGGCCAUCGCCACUCUUAUCGAGUUGCUGGGAGACCAGGAUGCCCACGUGCGCGGCGCCGCGGCAGAGUCCUUGGCCGAGGAUUGUGAUCCUCAGCUUCGAGAGGCGGCCGCACAAGCAAUGGCGAUGGUGGCAGAGAGAGGCGAUGAGUUCGCCUGCGGAUUGCUGCUGGGGCACCUUGAAGACCCUGACCACAAGGUGAAGAAGGCUGUCAAGGAGUCGCUGAAACUGCUUGGGCGAGCUGACUCUCGCAGCUUGCGUGCAGCUGGCCACGCUGAGCGCUGA